CUGCUUUGCUAGAAAUGGGAUCAGAUCCAAAUACAGAGGACAAUGAAAGGGCGCCUUUGGCAUGAGCCCAAUGUCAGUGGCGGCAGCAAAUGGUCACGAAGGAACGGUCAAGCUCCUAUUUGAGACGGGAGUGAAUCCAGAUGCUAGAGAUAGCUCCGGAUUUUGCGCAUUACUAGAUACGGCAGCGUAUCACCAUACAAGGAUGGUGAAGCUAUUGCUGGACUGGAAUUCGGAUCCGAAUACCAUGGACUACAAAUGCCGAACGCCACUUUACUGGGCAGUAUGGAACGAGAACGAGGAGAUGAUGGAACUAUUGCUUCAAAAGGCGCUGUCGCUUCCGAAUUGGAAUCUGGCAAGGGAUUACUAUCAGAUGCUGCGGAGAGAGGCUUCGCAGGAGGUGUCAGAUUGUUGCUGGAGGGAGGGUCAAAAUGGUCGAAGCCCACUUUCAUGGGCUGGCACGGGAGAGGCAGGAGUUGAGCCUGACUCCAAAAGCAACUGUGGUCGAAUUCCACUCUCAUUCGCAGUAGCCUUAUCAUCUGACUGCGAACAAAUUGUUCAGCUCUUACUGCAAAGUGGAAAAGUUGACCCUGAUUCUAAGGAUGAUU